AUGCCAGUACCUGCCCUACCAAAAAAGGAUACAUUUUGGCAUUUGUGUCCAGAUGAGGAGGAUGAGGAGGAAGAAGAUGAAGAAGAUGAAGUUGAAGUUGAAGUUGAAGAGACAAACAAAAGAGACCAAGGCAAUGUGGAAAGUGAUGACAUGUCAGUAGCUGACAAGGAUCUGGCCAUAGCCGAAGGCAAUGAGAAAGGAGGUAGUGAUGGCAAUGAAGAUGAUGAGGAAGACAUCAGCAAAGAUAACAUCUCUCCUGAUAUGGUUGUGCCUAUCGCAUAUUUGGAAGAAAUUAGAUCUACAGAAGUUACUCCAUCAUCUUCGGCAUUCUCAAAUGUUUUGGUGCCUGAGAUGCGCGCCAACACCAAUGCUGUCCACUGCUAA